CAAAAUGGACUUCUCUAAUGCUCGUAAUGGUGUAAAUGACUUUCGGGUAUAUUUGUGUAUGUUUGAUAAAGCUGGAUAAGAGCUUUAUGGCUAUCAUUCCUCCAUCCCAAAAGGAUUUUUUAUUCUUCGUACCUAAAAAUGUUUUGUCCUAUUUCCCGAAAUGAAAGGACCUCCAAGAUUACCCAUAUGGGGUAGCUAUUGGAUACUAUUAGCACUAAAUUAUAAAUUUCCACAUUUGGCAUUAAGAGAAUUGGGCAAACGUUAUAAAACAAAUGUAUUAGGAUUCUAUUUAGGACAAACACCCGCUGUUAUAACGUUAAAUUACGAAACAACGCAUGAAAUGUUAACGCGGUCAGAAUUUACAAAUCGUCAAGUAAAUUUUGUAAUAAAAAAGCGUGCAUUUGGUCAAGAGAAUUUAGGUAUAUUUUUCUCAUAUGGUGAUUUUUGGAAAGAACAACGGCGUUAUUCAUUACGAACAAUGCGUGAUUUUGGAUUGGGUCGAAGGUCACCAAAUUUGGAAAAUGUUGUAGCUGAUGAAGUUAAAAAAUUAAUGACGAUGAUAUGUAACGGGCCCAGCAAUGAAAUUGAAAAGACUGUCUGCAAAGAAAAAUUUCAUAUUUUACUGCCACAUGGAUUAUUUUCCGGAUUUUUUAAUGCUUUUUGGUAUGUUUUAACCGGAGACACGUAUUCAGAUCCAUAUAAAAGCCAUAAAGUAUUUCAAAAUGCAUUGAAAUUUCAAAGAUCCGGAGAACCUUUAGGUGGAGCUUUAGUGUAUACUCCGUGGUUGAGAUAUAUAUGGCCAAAUAAAUCUGGCCAUGUUCCAACAUUUGAAAGUCAUUUUGAGUUAGUUGAUUUUUUCAAGGACUAUAUUAAAGAAAUUAAGGACAAUUUGAGUGAGGAUCACAGUACUGGUUAUAUACAUGAGUAUUUAUUAGAAUUGAAAAAACAAAAUCCCGAAACAUAUUCAACAUUUUCAGAAGAUCAACUUCUAUUAACAUUAGUCGAUCACUUAAUUCCAUCAAUUGUUGCAAAUACUACAGUUCUAGCGUUUACAUUUCUACGAAUUUUACAUAAUCCUCACGUACAAACAAAAAUUCAACAGGAAAUUGAUACUGUAGUAGGAUCAGGACGUUAUCCAACAUUGGACGACCGAUCAAAAAUGAUUUAUACUGAAGCUACAAUCAAAGAAGGUUUACGAAUGGAUGCUUUAAAUCCUUUAGGAAUCCCUAGAGAAUGUAAUCAGGAUACGUUUUUCCAAGGAUACUUCAUCCCAAAAGGGACAUUUAUGGUACCAGGAAAUCACAGUUCAAAUAUGGAUACUAAAUUAUGGGGUGAUCCAGAAAAUUUUCGACCCGAACGUUUUAUCGAUGCAAAUGGACAUUUAGUGAAAAAAGAUUAUGCAUUAUUAUUUGGAGCUGGUAAACGGGUUUGUGUAGGCGAAACAUUUUCACGGCAAAAUAUGUUCUUAUUUUUGUCAAUGUUAAUGCAAAAUUUUCAAUUUACGGUACCGGAUGGUGAAUCAUUGCCGGAAACAACUUAUCAGAAUUAUAUUAAUGGUAUUAAUGUUGCACCGAAGGAGUUCUGGAUUUAUGCUAAGCCACGUUUUUAAAAAAAAAAAUUCUUAUGUGAUAUAAUUUUAAAAAUAAUAUUUGUUUUGCGAAAUAUACUUAAGGUAGUAUGGCAGUACCGAAGUCGUACAACUCUUGUC